GCACUCUAGGUCGUUAGGUCAGAGCGUACUAUGAAACUUCUGGAUGUAACGCAAGUUGUCACCAACUACUUUAGUUUUUGAACUUGGUGUCGUCUUAUAUUAUCCACUUGUCGAAUAUACCAAUUGUUUGUAAAAUCUCACAGGUUUCUUUAUUUGUCUUUUCAAAGUAUACAGCGUAUAUGUAAGACGACCAUGGAUGGAAAGUUACCUGUCAUGUAUGCUUGUUCAUCGUAAACGUGAUAAGUGUCUCAGUAUGGCAGUAAGCAAUUCAAAAGAUCAUUCGUUUGUGCAAUAUAUGACGUCUAAUUUGCUCAUGAAAAAAACUUCGAAAGAACCGGUACAAACGUAUGCUGUUAAUCUGUCUAACAAGAAUAACAAUUACAAAAUCGAAAAGAUAGAGAAUUUGGAACAGUUUUGUGAGUUAAGACAGUUGAAUCUUUCAUACAAUCGUAUUUGCAAAAUCAGUGGCUUAUCAACGCUUUGUCACUUGACUGUUUUAAACAUCUCACACAAUUGUAUCACGUCCUUUAAUGGAAUCCAGUCAUUGUCAAAUCUCUUGGUACUGAAGGUUAAUAACAAUCAAAUCACAUCCAUUCCUAAAUGGCUGCCUAAACGGUUACCGAAGCUGAAAACAAUCCACUUGCACUACAAUCAAAUUGAUACUCUCCAUCAAAUAACAUACUUGAGAUCUCUAUCUAAUCUCACAGCUUUCACAUUUGAAGGCAAUCCAGCGGUUAAACAACUUAUAAUAAAUACUCAUAACAGCUCUAGUAGUGAUGAAGCUGUAGUGAAAAAUACUAUUGAAAAAUUUGACACUCAGUCACUUUGUCGGAUAUUUAUUAUAUUCCAUUUAUGUUCACUUAUUUUACUGGACAACAAAGAAGUCCUUCCAUUUGAAAGACAAGUAGCAGAACAACGAUUCUCUCAAGUUGAAAUAUCGAGAUAUUUAAACAAGUUAAACAUGUAUGAAAGCCAAUUAAAAGAAGUAGAGACGAAAAACUCGCUGUUGAAAAAAGAUCUAUCACAUGAACAAUUUCAGCUAAAUGAAACUCUACGCAAAAGGAAAUUGGAGAAUGAUUUAAUUUCUCAUUUACAAGAAGAAUUACAUGCUAAGGAUAAUUUGCUUCAUUUAAAAUCUGAGGAGUUAGCACGCGCAUGUUUAAAACAUUUUGAAUUAGAACAGGGAUUAGCUUUUCAUAAGAUUGAUGAGAAGUUGGGCUUAGUUGGUUCAUGUCUAUCAAAACCACGAGAUAACUCAUCUGAUGUUCACCAAAUUCAUGAUACUGGUGAUCAACCUUAUUUAGGUAAAUGUAUGUUUCAAUGUAUACCAACAAAUAAUCAUUCAUUCAUAAAAAACAAAUGUUCAUCUAAUAAUCAUCUAAUCAAUGUACAAAAGAAAAUGUGUUCAAAUAUAAAUGAUAAUAAUAAUGACUGUAAUAAAUGCUAUCCUAAUUGCUUAGAUAAUAAACUAGAGAAUGAUUGUAAUGAUAUCAUCCAUGAAAAUUCUAAUAUUACACAUCAAUAUACUUCUUCUGAUAUUGUACUAUUGAAUAAUGUAAAUCAAGAAUUAAAUCCUGAAUUAGAUCACAAUCUGAUCAGUUUGAAUGAUAAACUCAGUCAAUUACCUCAAUCAAAUCCACCACCUAAUCGCUCAUCUCCAACAGUUGCAUUGUUUCGUGAUAAGGGUCCUAAGUCUCCGACACUCGAUAAACCUCUCGAUGAUGUAAAAUCAUCUGAUUUAUUGGAAGAGAAAAAACCAACUAGGUCAUCAUCACAACCGGAGAAUAAAUCUUUAUACAAAUCAUUUAAACAAUCAGAUGUGGAACAGAUUCAGAUGAAAUUAUCUCAUUUACAGUCUGAAUUAUUACAACUUCGAGUUGAAGAAUCAACGAUGCAAAAUGACACUGUUCAUCAUAAUAAUAGUAAUGUCACUGUUAAUAACAAUUCUGAAACAAAUGAAUUGAAUAAUCGUAUAAAAAUAUUGGAAAGUGAACUGAAUAAAAUGUGGACUAUGGCACAUCUAUUAAAAUUUGAAUCCAGUCAAUAUGAAUUAAAUAGUCGAAAUAAUAUCACUACUAAUAAUGUAUACUUGAAUUCUUUCGUAACUUUACCUAAAUCAUCGUCAGAUGAAGCAAAGCAUGCUAAUCCCUCCAAAUCAAACAAGAGUCCUAAAUAUUUUUCGUAUGAAUUCUCGAGACAAGACUCGCCUCAUCAGAAACGUGAAAGACGUUUUAGUCUUCCCAGUAAAGAUAUUGAUCUGAAACAAAUUCUAUUCGGUGAUAAUUUUAAUCAUGUCGAUGGAACAACAAGUGUGGGCUCGGAAUUCGAUUCAUGUGAAGAAUUUGUGGAUAGUCCUCGGAAAUUAAUCAAUAGUUGCAAAAAGAAAGAGAAUCAUCAGUUCACAUUAUCGCAUGAUCGUGGUAUGGGUUCUGUCACACCAUCAACCCCCAGUUCUCGUACAACGGGAACAGGGCGUAGUGCUUUAUUAUCUACGCAUACUCCUCGUUCAAAUGAUUUGUACACGAUGGAUCAUUUGUCUAAACCCCUUGAUUCUGGUAGUUCAAGGAAUACUAUGGACCAUUCAAGAAAAAAUUUACAUCAUGAUGUUCAUGCAUCAAUUAACAGUUGUAUUCCAUGUGAAUCUACUAAUGUGCAAGCGAACAUCUAUAAUACUCAAGAAAGUGUUCCGAAUAUACAACUUGAACGUACACGUGGUUCAGGUGUCGGUGGUCCUCUUCCUCUUAAAAAUGCUUCUCAACCAUCUUCAUUUGAUUCGUUUCAAUUAUAUUCGUAUACUGGAAAUUCUAAUGAAAAUAAUAAUGACAAUAAUAAUAACAAUCAAUCAUCUGAAAAUUCAAGCUUUCAAAAAUCGGAUAGUUUUAGAAGGUAUCACAUCUCCAGACUGCCUAAACCUAAUCCUACUCGUACUUUAUCUCGAGGCUCAGAUAUUUUACAGUUCAAUAGUGGUCAAGCUUGGUCAUAUAAUCGAAAAAGCAGAAAGCUAAAUUCAAAAUGUCGUUCAUAUCGAAAUUUUUCAGGAAUGAGAUCCUGUGUAAGAGCUAAAUGGUCUAAACAAAAGCAUAAACAACCACGAUCUCGUAGUGAUUCACAUAAAUCUGAGAAAAUCAUGACAGAUUAUAGUCUAAGUGAUCAUGCAGAAGAACUUUUGAAUUUAAUUGUGAUGUCACGAGAUGCUUGUUCCAUGGAAGUGGAUCGUAUGCGAGAAGAUUUAUCAAGAUUAUAUAAAGCCAAUUCAAAACGUCACACGCGUUUAGAUCAUAAUAAACAAAGUGAUAAUCAACAUAUCUAUGGUGAUUGUGUUCGACCGAUGCGAAAUCACAUUGAUUCUUUAAAGACUAGAUAUUCACCCGCUGGUGAUGAUAAUGACGAUUGUAGUUUUACAGAAUGCCAACCUACUGUAUAUCAAAAAGCACAAUCACAUACAAAUUAUCAACAGUAUCCUUCUGAAAGUAAUAAUAAUAAUAGUAAUGAUAAAAAUCUCAGUUCAAAUCAUUCACAAUAUAAACCACAUGUACGUAGAUUACUGCCACAUACUAAAUCGUUUGAUGACCAUGAUGGAUUCGAUUUGAAUGAUCAUCAGAUUGACAAUAGCAAUGGUAAUAAUGAUGAUUUUUGUGCAGCUGAUAAUAAUUAUGAUGAUCAAAUGAAUUAUUUUUAUCAUUAUCAAGAUUAUAAACGACAAAAUGAACCACCGGUUAAUUUUAAAGAUCAUUGGCUUCAGAAUGGAGUACCCGACCUUAACUGGAAUAAGGAUCAGAAAAAUUUUAUUCCUUCUUCUUCAAAUCGUCGGCCAACAUCUUUACAUAAAAGUCGAGUUUUUAGCCGACGUCCAAGGACAAGAUCAAUUCCUCGUCAACAUCCAACCAACGCUAAUUUCUCGCCGUAUCAUAAUAACACUUCUAGAAGAUUUUCUCGUGGACAUUCACUGGAUUAUACUCAUCAACAUCUUAAGCAAUCCGUAUUACGAAACUCUACAACCAGUUUAUUAAAUGAUACAGAAUAUCAUGAUAUUGAUCCAACAUCUGAAACUAAAGCAAUUAUUCAUUUAACAGAUGAACUAUUUGGAUUGCGUCAAGGUUUGAAGCGAACACGUGAAGCUAAUUCAGAAAGACUUGAAGUUGCGUUGAGACAUAUUUCAUUGCUUGAAUUGGAAUUACAACGUCAAAGAUGUUUAAAUCAUGAUGCUGAAGUAGCUAGACAACGUGAAGUUGAACGUACACGAUGGGAAAAGCGUUUAGCAGCAACACUUAACGAAUUAAAAUAUUGUCAAACAGAUAUUGGUAAACUACGAGAACAAGUUGAUCAAUUGGAAUCAUCUAAAAAAACUUCUGAUCAAUCUGAAUUAAAAUUAGAACGUCAACGAUUAGAAUUAGAUCAGACUAAAGCAACAUUGGAUGCACAAAAAGAAGAGAUAACCAAUUUGAAUAAUCUACUCAAUUCAUUAUUGGGUCUUAAUCCAAAUGAUGUAUCUCCUAAUGAUCUACAACGUUUACAAGUUGGUCUACUUGACUUACACAAACAUAUGCAACCAGAUUGUGCUAAUCAAUAUUGUCACUACCAAAGACAGCAACAUGUACCAAAUUCUAUUAAUCCUCGUCAAACUCUUCAUCGUACUCAAUCUCUAAUGACAGGUUUAACUGGUGUACCAGCUAAUGAACGUAUGAACAGAGUAGAUUGGUUAAAUCCAAAUAAUACAGCAGCGGCUAUUACUCAGUCAUCUGUUGGAAAUCAUCAAUUAUAUUGCAAUGUACCUGAACAUCAUGAUUUAGAAGAUUGUCUUGGUCAAUUACAAUAUAGAAUUGAAGAGUUAUGUGAUCAGCAUGAAAUUACUCAGAACAAAUUGCGGCAUAAUAUGAAAAUACGCAGAAAAUUAGAAUGUCAAUUAGAGGAACAAGAUUCUAUUUUAAAUCGAUUAAAAUCUGAAUUAAUGUCCUGUCAAGAAGACUUAAAAAUUGCAAAACAAGAAGUUACACGUUUAUCGUGUGAAAAGGAAACUGCACAAAAAUCGAAACAUGAGCAACUAACCGGUAUAGUUACAGAUCUAGCCAAUCUAGAAGCUACAGUUUCCCAACGUCGUGCAGAACUCUCAACACUUGAUACGAAUAUUCAGGAUUCCGAUCAACAGCUUUCAAUAAUUAAAGCACAAGCUAAAGAAGCUGUUUCAAAAUAUGAAGAAGCUAAACGUGAAUAUGACAAUGUAAAGUCACAAUUAGAUAUGAUACGUUCAGAAAAAUCAUUAGCUGAUGAAAAUUUGGAACAGUUACGUACAAAAUUAUCAAAAACUAAAAUUCAGGUUGAACGGUUGGAGUCAAAUAAAUCUAACCUUGAAAAUCAACUUACACAAUUAGAAGAUGCUGUUAAUACAAAGAAAUUAGAAUAUAAUCAGCUGUUACCCAAUUUGAGUGAAUUAGAAACAAGGUUGACCCGCACUCAGCAUGAUAUUGAAGUUGGUGCUGAACGUAUACGUAGUGAUCAACAUUUAAGAUUAGAAGAUGAAAGAUUAUCAGCUACACGUCAAGCUGAAUUAACUCGGUUAGCUAGACAAAUUGAAGAAGAUAAACUUCGUCUCGAGUUACUUGCACAAGAUACAGAAGCAAAAAAGAGUGAAUUAGAAUUAAUUAAGGCUGAGAAACAUCGUGAGUUAGAGAAUUCGAAUUCCGUACUUCGAGAGUUAGCUAACCAAACAGCUAUCAAACAACGUGAAUUAAAUGAAACACAAGCAUCAUUAAAUGCUUCUCUGGAUGAAAAAGAGCGUAUUUUACAAUCAGUUAAAACACUUCGUUUAGAACGCGAUAAUAUACGCACGGAGUUGGAACAUGAACAAAAGUCUGUUGCAGAAUUGACAGCAUUAGUAACACGACAAAAACGUGAAUUUGAACAUCUCACUGAAAUGUCACAUUUAGAAGAAUCAAGAAUACUGAAUUUGAGCUCUCAACAACGUGAUUUGAUUAAUCAAUUAGAAAAACUACAAAUUCAAUUAAAUGAAGAAAAAGAAGAACUACGUGAACGUGAAGUUGCGAAAAUUAAAAAAAAUACAGAAUAUGAAAAUGUACGUAAAGAUGUUGUACGUGAGCAGUCAGAAUUGGAGCAUAUUCAAAAGGAAAAAGAACAAGUAGAAUUGGAACUCACUCAUCUUCGACAGGAACGUGAUAUAACUAAAACUCAAUGGGAUAAUUUCCAAUCCAAAAUUAAAGAUUUAGAAAACCAAAAAGUCCAGCUAAAUGAUUCUAUCUCUGAAGCUAAUUUAACUUUAGCACUAAUUAAAGCGGAAUCUGAAUCAGCAUCUAAUUUACUGCGGCAGAAAAACAUUGAAUGUAAUGCAGCUCUGGCUGAUUGUGAUAGGAUGUCCAAACAAACAUCUGAUAGUCGUGAUGAAUUAAAUAUUGCUCAGCAACGUUUACAAAAAGCAAAUGAUUUGAAACAAUCAAUUGAAUCAAGUCUCAAUGAACAACGUCGUCAACGUGUCCUUCUAUCAGACGAAUUAAAUCAUUUAGAAGAAGCGGUACAUACAGGAAGAUUAGCUAAAGAAUUAGCAGAUGAAAGUAGGGAGGCUAGUGAAGCAGCACUUAAAAGUGCUGUAAACAAAUUAAAUAAAAUACAAACAGAGAAAAAGAUACUUGAAGAAGAGUUGGAUAGUUUACGAAUGUCGAAAGACAAUGAACUACACUAUUUAGAUGAGCGUCUACGUAAUACACGUCAACACUUAGAAUCAGUGGAAUCAGAAUUAUCACAGAAAUCUUUAAAAUUGAAUGAAGUCAGUGAAAAAUUAAAUACAUUACAGAACGAAUAUAUCAAAAAAGAACGAAUAAAAUCCAAUAGUCCAGAAUUAGAGAAGGAACUGGAAAAAUGCAAACAACAGCAAAUUGCUUCACGAUUAGACGAUAGAAAUAAACAACCAACUUACAAUCAGUUUAAUGAUUUGAAAAUUGACAAUGUGACCAAAUUACAUGAUAACAAUAGUAAUCUUUUACAAGCUUUAAUGGAUACCAAAUCAGCAUUGAUAGCUGCUCAACGUGAGUCGAAACGUUUAAAACGUCGUACAGCACGUGAAGUUGCUGAAUUAGAACGUGUUGCUGAAGAACAAUGUAAUCGUGCUGGUGAUCUAACGGAACAAUUAUCUUUAGCUAAACGUCAAUAUGCUCAACUAAAAAGUCAGAUUACCACUUAUGGAAUUCUUAUGGAUGAAGUGAUUACGAUUGCUUCUCAAACAGAAUUAACUGAACAUGGUAAACGUUUAGAGGCUGCUUUGUCAGCGGUUCGAGCUGAAUUAGAACAGCAUAAUAAUACAAUGAACGCGUCAGUAGUAGAUGAAAAUGCUUGUUCUAAUUCUAUAUUAUUUGGACAAAGAAUUCGUGAAGUAUUAAAUCCUGAUUCAGAUUCCAGAAUUGUGAAAGAUCGUUCAUCAAAUGAUCACGAAAUUCAGGAGAUUACCGACCACAAUUAUACAGUAAAUGGAUUACAAAAAUCCUUAUUAUUAUUAACUAAUUCAUUUCAUGAAAUAAACCAUUCUCCAAAUAAUUUUCAUAAUGUUCAAUCAUUAACUGACUCAUUAAAUGGUUUAUGCAAAAAAUCAAAUCAUUUCUCACAUAGAUUAUUUGUUAAUAAUAAUGAUUCAGAACAUAUAGUAGAUGAUCCAGAAUUAAACUAUACAACUUCAGGACUAGGUUCCAGUGUUAAUCCUGGUACUCAAAUUGCGAGUAAUAGUGGAAGUGUUCAAGAAAAUUCAACUAUACUAUCACCAUCAACAUUAGGUGAAUCAAAACCAGUCAAAAGUAAUAAUUGGAAGCAAAACGUCAGUAGUAGUUCUGUAGGACGACAACGAUCUCAUGAGGAAUCUGCAUCACUUACAACUUCUGGCUUUGUGAAUCAUUCCCGUACACCUCGUCAUUUUAAAUCUGGAUCCUCUCGAUCUUCUAGACCUGGAUAGGAUGCAAGCCCCAAACCCCUGAAGGAAUUUUCAUUGACGUCGAUCCAUUUAAUAAUGAUGAUGAUGUCGUGUCGAUAUCGGAUAGUUCCAUUAAUGAUUCUUCUGACUGCAUAAUAUUGAUGUUAUUAUGUAACUCAAAAGAAAUUGAUGAAUCCUGUUUAUCAUUAGUAGCUGACUUUUGUAAAUCUUCAAGUAUAUGGACAGAUGGAUCUAAGAGAAUAUUUUGAUUUACUUCUCCAUUAAUGUUGUUAUCGUUACUAUCAUUACUAAUAAUGUUAUUAUGAUUAUAUUCAGUAUCGUUGAUUAUGGAAUCCACACGAUUUGUUAAAUCUUCAAAUGAUGAAAUUUUAUUACAUACAGGCUGUAAAAGACAUAAGUACAAUCCAGUAGACAAGGUUGAACUGAGCUCAUUAUAACCAUCACAUGAAUUACAUGGAUUAUUGAUUGUGGAAGAAGGGUUGGAAUCACUCCAUGAAGACUCAAAAGUUAAAGAAUCUGGUGAAAAUGCAUCGUUCAUUAAUAUAUCCAAUAAUUCAUUAUUUAACAGGGAUUUAUCAUCAUAAUCAUCAUUAUCACCAUUGAUAUAGUUACUAUCAUCAGUGGAAAUAUUAUUUACAUCACAUUCAUCUAAUGAAUUCAAAAUUUCACUCAAUCCAGUUGAAUUGUCAGUAAAUAUAUUGAUCAUGGAUUUGCUCCAACAGUAACAUAUCUGUAGUAUAUUCAAAAUACAACUGAUUAAUUCAGUGAUGUUUAUUUGAGAAUAAUUUAAUGAAAAAUGCAUGAGAUCAAAAAAAUUUUCUCCAAAACGGUUUUUCUAAAUUAAAUUAUUAAUGAUAAUUUUCAAGUUUAACAUAUACUCAUUAGUAACUGGCUCCAUGAAGUAUUUCCUGGAGUUCUGAUGAGAAGCAGUGACCAGUGGAGUU